AACCAUCGUGCUCCCAACCCUGAUGUCACACCACAAAACGCGACCAACUUCAUAGCAAUCUUUCUUUCAUUUUUCCCUUCAACAACAGAGAUGUCGAACCAAAAGAGAAAGAAGACCAGAAAGCUUCGUGGACAUGUCAGUCACGGGCACGGUCGUAUCGGCAAGCACCGUAAGCAUCCUGGUGGUCGUGGUAAUGCCGGUGGCAUGCACCAUCACAGAAUCAAUUUCGACAAGUACCAUCCGGGUUACUUCGGCAAGUUGGGUAUGAGAAAUUUCCAUUUGAACCGAAACCACAAUUUCUGUCCAUCAAUCAACUUGGACAAAUUAUGGUCGUUGGUUGGCGAAAAGAAUCGUACAGAUUGCAAAGCUGACAAAGAGGGAAAGGUUCCAGUCGUCGAUCUAGUGCAAUUUGGAUACUACAAAUUGUUGGGACGUGGACACUUGCCGAAACAGCCAAUCAUUGUCAAGGCCAAGCAUUUCUCCAAGAAAGCUGAAGAGCGCAUUAAGGCCGCUGGUGGCGUCUGUCUCUUAAGAGCAUAAAUGUAACAACCGAUUACAUUUCCGACAUGCUGAAGUGUACGAUACAUAAAUUCCAACUUUGUGUGCACAGUUUUUACGAAAAUAAAACUAAUUUAAGAGAAUUCGUCAA